AUGUCGAUGGACAUUUUGCUCAAAUCCGACGAACAACCGUUCGUUUCAGUACCUGUCAGCUUUGGGUAACCCUGUUUUUGAAGUGUUUUAAAGCUAAGACAAUUUAUUUCAGAAGCUACAUUUACAUUGCAAAAAAGACGGAAGAAGAGCAGAAAAAAAUGGCGCCGAAGGCGAAAGCGACGGAAAAUUUUCGAAAAUCGACACGCUUGCCGCAAAAUGCCGCAGAGCGGUUCGAAAUGGCCGUCGAGUGAGUGAACUUGCAGAAAAUUGCAGAAAAGCACCGAAAUCACAGUAUUUUAUUAAAAAUUCAGCAAAAAAUUGUAAAAUUUUGCAGCGUCGACGAUCUGGCGCACCAAAUGUUCAAUCGUGAAAUGGACGGCGGUCUGGAGCGUAACCAGAUGAUUUCGCAGACGAUUCUUAUGGAAGAAAACUCGCGGCGUCGCAACGCCCAGUACAAGUCGAUCGCCUACCGAGCGCUCCGUUACGAUCAUCUCGCUCAGAGCUCGCUCGCCCGAAAAUCACCGCAUUUGGUGGAAAAGAGACCCACGAAUUUGAAAAAUCUGAAAGAAACUGCAGUAUCGAACGAUUUGAAAGUGAACUUCAAGGAGAUCGAGCUGGAAAGUGACAGCGAAAAUGAGGUGGAAGUGAUCGAGUUGGGCGUGGAAGAGUGCCAGGAUCUCACUCCGUUUUAUGUUAGUUCGGGACAAGUUUGAGAGAAAACAAUAUGACAACUGUCUGGAAACGCGCUUUUGUCUGAAAAUCAUCAAUUUUCAACGUUUCCUAUUUGAAAAAGCUCUGAAAUUCAUAUUUCCAGCCCUAAAAACUGUUGGCCUAAUCGAGAGAAGCAAAAAAAAUUCGCACCGGACGGGAUUCGAACCCCGCGAGGUCUUACGACCAUAGGAGAGCCCUACGCUCCUACGCCUUAACCACUCGGCCACCGGUGCACAGGACUGAAUUGGACACUUCCCACUCAUCCUCCAACUUCUAGGGACCAUUUACAACCAGAAACCGUAAUAAAACCACCUGUAUUUGUAUUCAAUAGUGGUUUUACAACUUUUACUAGUUGUAAAUGGUCCCUAGCAGUUGGAGGAUGAGUGGAAAGUGCCCAAUUCAGUCCCGUGCACCGGUGGCCGAGUGGUUAAGGCGUAGGAGCGUAGGGCUCUCCUAUGGUCGUAAGACCUCGCGGGUUCGAAUCCCGUCCGGUGCGAAUUUUUUUUGCUUCUCUCGAUUAGGUCAACAGUUUUUAGGCAGGAAAACUGCGCUUAAGCGGAAUUUUCCACUGACAGUUUGAUUUUUCUCGCUGCUACUAACCUGGUCGAUUGGUGGCUCCAAUCAGAAAGACCUUCUGUCGUCUCUCGACUCCGUCCAUCUCCGUGAGCAACUGAUUGACGAGCCGGGCGCCUCCCGAGCUCUCUCCGUGUGAUCUUUUCGGGCACAACGCGUCGAUCUCGUCGAAGAAAAUGAAGCAAAAAAGAUUCGCACCGGACGGGAUUCGAACCCGCGAGGUCUUACGACCAUAGGAGAGCCCUACGCUCCUACGCCUUAACCACUCGGCCACCGGUGCACAGGACUGAAUUGGGCACUUUCCACUCAUCCUCCAACUGCUAGGGACCAUUUACAACUAUUAUAGGGGCACCGAACAGAAAGGGCGCUCUAUUGAGAAACUUUUUUGCAGUGCAAAUUGAGUGAGCUCGGGGCCGAGUUUGAAAAGUUAGGCCACGUUUUCAGUGGAAAAUUACUUCGCGGACUAGAAAUUCGGCCAGAUUGCGAACAGAGCGCCCUUUCUAUUCGGUGCCCCUAUAAUAGUAAAAGUUGUAAAACCACUAUUGAAUACAAAUACAAGUGGUUUUAUUACGGUUUCUGGUUGUAAAUGGUCCCUAGAAGUUGGAGGAUGAGUGGGAAGUGUCCAAUUCAGUCCCGUGCACCGGUGGCCGAGUGGUUAAGGCGUAGGAGCGUAGGGCUCUCCUAUGGUCGUAAGACCUCGCGGGUUCGAAUCCCGUCCGGUGCGAAUCUUUUUUGCUUCUCUCGAUUAGGAAACCAACAGUUUGAUGGUAUUUUGUGUAUGUUUUCAGAAGGACCUAAUAGUGAACGUGUCGAUCUACUUCGGCUACACUCGCGAGCUAGAAUACCACGAGAUCCGUCUGGGGCGUCUGAUGAAAGUGACGGACCGUCUCGAGUUGACCGGCGAUCAUUCCCUUUUCGACCUCAAAAAUGCGUUCUCGUGCCCCGCCGACUACGCCUUCACCGAGGAUUUCAGCGAGAAAAAACCGACGAUUCAGGACUUUGCCAAGAACAAAUAUCCGUCGGCGAUGUUCUUCAUUCACGACACGUUCUAUAUAGAACCACAGACGCAUCGACCCGAAUGGGAGGAUCCCUCCGUGUGAGUUUACGCGUCUUACAGCAGAAAGUGAAAUUUAUCGUGAAUUUCCAUCGAAUAUUGUGCGAUUCUGUCUGCAGAAACAUCCGAAAAUGGGCGGCGAAACGCGAGUACUUGGGUCCGAUGAAUGUGGCGUCGAUGACGGAAAAGAAGCUUGGCGACGUCUUCUGCCGUCUCGGACAGCCCUACGUCUUCAUACAUCAAGGCGUCUGCGAGCAUCUCAUCGUUUUCAACGACCUUUUCAUGAGGUACACUCUUGGUGAAAAUUGACAAAAUUUGAGCCCAAAAUUUUCCAGAAACGAAUCACACGUUGGCGUCGAUUUCCCUCGCAAACUGGUGGAACGGAAUUUUCGGCGAAUCGCAUGCGACACGUGCAAAGAGGCGUUCGCGCAGUGAGUAUUGUAGGCCAGAACAAUUUGAGAAAACCAACCACAAAUACUAUUAUUCAGAUGGAUGAUAGUCGACCACGAGAACCUUCUGCCCAACUCGCCCGGAUACCUGUGCUCAACGUGCUACAAAGAGUUGUGUUUCGAUGUGAAGGGCAAGAAAGUGUGCCAGUUCAAAGCGGUACCGUACUGCGAUCGGAAGGUACCGCCCAGUUCGUUUCGAGACCCGCAAAUUGCAAUUUUAGGAAGUUGGCGACGGCGGAAAGUUCAUUUCGGAGCUACGAUUCGAGUCGAAACAGGAUUAG